AAGUGGCAGUCAGCCGCGCGAGUUUCCACCAAAGAAGAAAAAUCUCCAAAUACCAAACAAUAAUCAAAUCAUAAAUACAACACAGUAAAAUCAGAGUUAAUAACAAAUUACUCUCUGAAAAAUUACUUCUUGUGCUUAUACCGAGAUAAAAAAGAAAUCAACAACCACCGCAACAACAACAACAAAAACAACAACAGAAACAAUGCGAAAAUGCAAUUCGACGCGUCAAGUGAAUUAAGCGAUUUUUAAAGCUUUACGCUAAAUGAAAUUUGAAUUGCCAAAGUGUUCACUUGUGUGUGCAAAUUAAAUUACGCAAAUCAAAUAAAUGUUUAAAAAAUAAAAUAAAUUAAUGUAAAAUAUAAAAAAAUAAAAAGAGGAAAAAUCAAAAAAAAAAUGUCGUUCGGAAAAUACCAGCAACAGCGAAAAUAGUGCAACGAAAAAACUAUUUUGAACCAGACAUAGAUAAAAUUUAAAACAUAACUAAACAAUAACAGAACAACCAAAACAAUAAAAUGUUUAUUUUAACGGUAAUUAAAUUGCUGCUGAUAGCACUUAAUAUAUUUCCUAGUCGAUUCACAAAUCGACGGAUUAUGUUCUUCAUCUACAUGACAAAUCUAGUGACGCACGUCAUGAUGGAUGAGCCACGCUUUGCGCAGCCGAUACCAAACGUCACCGUCGCCGUGGGUCGAGAUGCCAAUCUGCCAUGUGUUGUCGAGCAUUUGGGUGGCUACAAGGUGGCCUGGAUUCACAUCGACAGGCAAAUGAUACUGACCAUUCACCGGCAUGUCAUAUCGAGGAUUCCGCGAUACAGCAUCACCUACACCGACAACACGUGGCUCCUGCACGUGAACCAGGCCCAUCAGGAUGAUCGCGGCUACUAUAUGUGCCAGGUCAACACGAAUCCGAUGAUUAGCCAAGUCGGCUAUCUGCAGGUGGUUGUUCCACCAAACAUUUUGGACAUUGAGAGUACGCCAUCCUCGGUGGCGGUGCGUGAAAAUCAAAAUAUCAACAUGACAUGUCGGGCUGAUGGCUUCCCAGCCCCAAAAAUCAUUUGGCGACGUGAGGAUGGCGAGGAAAUUGCCGUCGAAAAGAAGAAAAAAGUUCUCGUGUACGAUGGCGAUGUACUUCCGCUGACCAAAGUGAGUCGCAAUGAAAUGGGCGCCUAUCUGUGUAUCGCGACCAAUGGAGUUCCGCCCUCAGUGUCCAAACGGAUCAUUCUGGAUGUGGAGUUUUCACCCAUGAUUUGGGUGCCGAAUCAACUUGUUGGCGCUCCAUCCGGCACAGAUGUAACCAUCGAUUGCCACACGGAGGCGCAUCCCAAGGCCAUCAUCUAUUGGGUAUACAACUCGGUGAUGGUAUUGCCGAGCAAGAAAUAUAAAACCGACUACACGGAGAACUCCUAUCGUGCCCACAUGAAGUUGACGAUAAGAAACCUACAAUAUGGUGACUUUGGCAACUAUCGAUGCAUCUCGAAGAACUCGCUGGGGGAAACGGAAGGCUCCAUACGUGUUUACGAAAUACCUUUGCCAUCCACACCAUCCAAGCAGGUCACCCACACCACCGUCGAGUCCAGGGAGAACAAUAUCAUACCCUCAUCACGCAACGACACAACGAAAUCCCUGCAAACGGAUGUGGGCUAUGCCAUGAAGAACGAGUUGUACCCUGGUUCGGCCUCAUCAUCAUCUUCGGGGGGCAGUUCCUCGGCGGCCUCCUCGUCCUCGACUUCCAUGCAGACCUCUGCUCUGCCAGGCGGUGCGACGGGCAAUAGUCUUUCGUCGGUGGGGUCCAAGGGAUCCCUGGCGAUAGGCAAGAGCAUGUUCUACACGGAACGACCACCGAAUGAGUACGCCUCGUCAGUGGCUGGCCUGCUGCUUCAUAGGGCACUGCUGCUGGGCUCUGGAUUCUAUCUGGCUCUGCUUUGAAAUCAAUAAACCGUUUGAGUCACUCAAUAAGCAUUAAGAAAAUGCAGCCAAAGGGGGUCUAGAAAAGGGGGGGAUAGUUUAGGAACAUCAACAUAUUUCAUAGCCGAAAGUAUAUCAAAAUCCAAUAAUUCAAAAAAAAACAACAAAAAUGCUUCAAACUUGGCUCACUUCAAAGCUAUAUAAAUUUGUAAAAUUAUUAAAACGAAAACUAAAAGAAAAAACAGUAUUUUGCAACGCAAUAAAAUGCUCAUUGUAUGUACAGUACUUAUGAAAUUUUAAGCCUAAGACAAACCACUGCAUCAUAUUUACGAAGUGGAAAUAUUAAAUGUACAAUACAUAAAUUGAAAUCCAAAAUGGUUAAAGCGUACAUUUUAUGAUUUGUUAUUUAAAAGAGCGCCAUAAAGCAAAGCUUUUCAAGUGCGGAAAUUAUUGUAUUGCUUUUAUUUGACAGCUUAAUCUUUGACUUUCAACAUAUCGCAGAAUAAGAAGGCCUGAUGCUUUACAUACUCAUAUCACGAUUAAAAAUGUUUUAUUUUUUUUGGAAUAUAACAUAUCUGAAAUUCAUGUUCGUAUAUUUUUAAAUGAUUUCUUAUGGUAAUUACGAUUUCUUUAUAGUUUAAGAACUUGGAGUGUGUGUUAAGUUGAGUUUAUAAAAUAUGAUGGAAUGUGGAUGGCUAUGGAUUCUAGUAUAUUAUAAUUUAUUUCAAUUUUUCGAACUUUCAAUUAUAUUUAUUCACAUUUAAAAAGCUGAACAGCAAUUUAAAAAGUUAAAUCUCCCGACACUUAACUACCGGAUAUCUUCGUUCAAUUUGUGACAAAUUUUUCAACCCGUUUUCAAACAGAAGCAACAAAUUUCAAUUUAUUUAAUGAAAGAAAAAGUCGAUGGCGUGUCAAGUCAGCCCCGCCCUCGGAACGCCCAACGAGAGCUCUGAAUAUUGUGGCCAUGUGACAUUUAAGCGCCUUGAAAAUGUCAUUCAUUUUAACCGUUUCCCUGCUGCCAGUGCUGUGGUACAAAUUUGCAAUAAUAAUUUGCAAUGCCUUGAUUCCGUUUCCUGGCUUUCGGUCUCGUCAUCAUCGUCAUCGGCUUUUGUGCACUUCCAUCACUUUUUAAUAAAUGUGCAUGCUAAUUAUAUUAUUACCCAUACGACCCGUUGCCAUGUGUCCUGUCUGCCUCACCUUUCGUCGCCUCGUCCUCUCGUCCGUGCGAAAUACUUGCAAUUAAUUUCAGCAUAAAAUUGCGUGGCCUGCGGUCUCUUGGCCCCGCACAAUGACACACAGUUAACAUGUCCAAUUUAUUGGCCAUAACUCAUGCCCGGGUCGAGGAAGGAGUGAGUGAGAAGGAUCUGGAUCCAGAGACAGACAGCAGCGAUAUCGACGGGGCAAAGAAAAAUGACAUUAAGGCCAUAAGAUAUAUGGCCCAUUUGCAUAUAGGUUCAUGUAUACGUAUAAAUAUGCAGGCGAAAAGCGGAGAGUUGCAGGUUAAAGGCCCGCCAAUUCACUGUAUUUAUACCCCGGCGUCGUUGCACGAUUUUAAUAAUUCAACUUGUGUUGCAUAAAGUUUGCAUUGACAUAAACAUAAUGAACGAUGGAAAACCGCAUACGAAAUUGCCUUUCUCCGCCGGGCCAGCGGUUCCAUUUCCAUCCUCUUGCCCCCUUGUUUAUUAACAUUGUUAAUGCCAAAAGGAGAAAAGCACAUUCAGCGUUGAAAAUAUUGAUAAUCAACAUUGUGCCCUGGAUGUGUCGAAGUCCUGACAAUAACAAAAUUAAUGUAUUUAAUUUAAUUUCCCCCGCAGACGGGCAAGUACAGUAAAGUAAGGUCGACUGUGCAGUUCACUCGAACAAUGCCGCUAAUUAAGCAUUAUAAAUUCAGCUGAAAAGACGACAGGCCAAGGAUAUAUGACAAUCUUUGGGGAGUCGUAGAUUUUCCCUACUGUCGAAAAUUUAUCAGUAUUUAUGCGUUUAUUAAAUAUUUAUAUUGCCUGAAUAAUGAACAAAAUUGUCACCCAGAUUGCAGUGCUCAUUUGGGGCUUCAAUAAAUUGCUCGUCAAAUGUUUACAAAAUUUAACCAAACCUUUUUUCUUAAUUAGUAAAUUGCGCUAAUUAAAAUUUCAGUUUUGUUUGUAAAUAUACCAUUUUAUUUGAGGUCAUAAUAUUUUUGAUGUAACCAAAUAUAGCUGUAAAUAAAUGUUGACCCUAUUAGUUGCGUGUAAAUAUGAGAAGGUAUAAUUAAAGCAUCAAAAAUUCAUUUCAUAAAAUAACAAUUUAGUAAGCCAGUAAAUAAUUGCAAACAUAUUAGUCAAAAGCUCUGGCAAAUAAUUAACAAUAUCAAAGGAGAAUAAUGUAAAGUUCACACAACUAGGACAUAUUUAAUUAUCUCUUAAAUGGCUAGUAAGCCAAAAAAUACAAGAGGACAAAUAUAGCCGUUACAAAGUAAAUAUAUUGUUUGUUGCCUGUGUUUCAAAAAUAAGCUGAACAUCAAAUGAAUAACGUGUAAAAUGAUUAAAGCUUUUUGUGCGAAUAAAAAUAUAAGAACGGAUCAGUUUUCCUAUAAACAAGUUGGCAUAGUGUAAAAAAAUAAAUAACAAAUAUAACUUAUUAUAUUGAUCAAUCUGGGAAAUAUUUCAAAUUUUAUUUGUUAAUAGGUAGUUUUGUGGCUUUUCGUUGAAUCUUUGUUUAAAUACUUAAAAUCAAACAAAUUUACAUGCCCACUUACAGGCACAAAAGUAAAAUCGAAUAAUUUGUCUUAAAAAUUAGUUCCAUGUUAAAUUGAAGUCAUUUAGCAGAAGUUUUGUUUGAAACGCUAAACUAUUGUAAAAUAAACAAUUUUAAAAAAAACUUAUUAAGGUAAAUUAAACAAACCUACGAUUAAGAUUAAUAAAUUUAAAUUGUAAGCAGUUAUAUAAUUAUGCGAUAAUAAUUAAACAAUAAAACUUUAGGUUGAUUGAUACCAAAAAAAGCGAACCGAACAAAACA